ACCGGAAGCGAGCAUGGCGGCAGCCGGGGCCGCUGCUACGGAUAUAGAGGUGGUCCGGGGCAAGCGUGCCGCCCUCUUCUUCGCUGCUGUGGCCAUCGUGUUGGGGUUGCCACUCUGGUGGAAGACCACGGAGACCUACCGGGCCCCGUUGCCCUACUCCCAGAUCAGUGGGCUGAAUGCCCUGCAGCUCCGGCUCAUGGUGCCCGUCACUGUCGUGUUUACCCGGGAGUCAGUGCCCCUGGUUGACCAGGAGAAGCUGCCCUUCACCGUUGUGCAUGAGAGAGAGAUCCCGCUGAAAUACAAAAUGAAAAUCAAAUGCCGUUUCCAGAAGGCUUACCGCAGGGCUCUGGACCACGAGGAGGAGGCUCUGUCAUUGAACAGUGUGCAAGAGGCAGAAGCCACGUUAGCUGAGCCACAGGAGCAACCAGAGGGCUCCCUGACUGUGUACGUCAUCUCUGAACGCUCCUCUCUCCUUCCGCAGGACAUGAUGAGCUACAUUGGGCCCAAGAGGACAGCAGUUGUUCGGGGGCUCAUGCACCGGGAAGCCUUUAACAUCAUUGGCCGCCGUAUAAUCCAAGUAGCCCAGGCCAUGUCUUUGACUGAGGAUGUGCUUGCUGCUGCACUGGCUGAUCACCUUCCAGAGGACAAGUGGAGCUCUGAUAAGAGGCGGCCUCUCAAGUCCAGCUUGGGCUAUGAGAUCACCUUCAGCUUACUCAACCCAGACCCCAAGUCUCAUGACGUCCAUUGGGACAUUGAGGGAGCUGUCCAGCGCUAUGUGCAGCCCUUCCUGAACGCCCUCAGUGCUGCUGGCAACUUCUCUGUGGACUCUCAGAUCCUUUACUAUGCAGUGUUGGGAGUCAACCCCCGCUUUGACCCAGCUUCCUCCAGUUACUACCUGGCUGCUCACAGCCUCCCCCAUGUCAUCAAUCCCGGAAGAGCUAUGCACAGUCCUGACAUGUUGUGGCAACCUCCUUCCCGCUUUCAGGUAUACAGUGUUGACCCCAAAGCCUACAAUGCCUCGGGGCUGCCGGUGAGAGUCGAGGUGGACAUGGUGCGAGUGAUGGAGGUGUUCCUGGCUCAGCUGCGGCUGCUCUUUGGGAUUGCCCAGCCCCACGUGCCUCCAAAAUGCCUGCUUUCAGGGCCUAAGAGUGAAGGGCUAAUGAGCUGGGAGCUGGACCGGCUGCUCUGGGCUCGCUCAGUGGAGAACCUGGCCACGGCCACCACCACCCUCACCUCCCUGGCCCAGCUUCUGGGCAAGAUCAGCAACAUUGUCAUCAAGGACAAUGUGGCAUCUGAGGUUUACAGGGCAGUAGCUGCAGUCCAGAAGGCAGCAGAGGAGUUGGCCACCGGACACCUGGCCUCUGCCUUCCUUGCCAGCCAGAAAGCUGUGACAUCCUCAGAGCGUGCCUUUUUUGACCCCUCACUCCUCCACCUCCUCUAUUUUCCUGAUGACCAGAAGUUUGCCAUCUACAUCCCACUUUUCCUGCCUAUGGCUGUGCCCAUCCUCCUAUCUCUGUUCAAGAUCUUUCUGGAGACCCGCAAGUCCUGGAAGAAGCCUGAGAAGAUAGACUGAGCAGGGCAGCAUCUCAGUAGGGACCCUUCCUUUCCGGCCAGGAUGGUAGGUGUUAGAUUGAGAGGCCUGUAAGUGGGGCCUGCUGGGAAUGACCUGUAUCCAGCCUCCUCUGUUGUCCGUCCCACAACCAAAGUACAGC